AUGCUUGACAAUGGCACUGUUGCUGUGAAGAAGCUUUGCGAUAUGCUUGAUAUGGAUGAGAAGAAAUUCAGCGAAGAAAUUCGUUGUCUGAUGAAGGCGACCCACAAAAAUGUAGUACGGUUCCUAGGAUAUUGCUCUGACAGACAAGGGGAAAUGGUAAACUGCGAGGGAAAACUUGUCUUAGCAGAUGUACGACAAAGGCUACUCUGCUUUGAAUAUCUACCUAAAGGCAGUCUAGAUAAGCACAUCACCGAUGUAUCUUGUGGACUUGAAUGGAGAAAGCGCUACCAAAUCAUCAAUGGAAUUUGUGAUGGUUUAUAUUAUCUGCACCAAAAUCACAUCGUUCACUUGGAUCUUAAGCCGGCAAAUAUACUGCUAGAUGAUACUAUGUUGCCGAAAAUUGCUGAUUUUGGUCUAUCGAGGUGCUUUGAUGAAAAGCAAAGCCGGGCUAUUACAUCAAAACGUGACCUAAGGAUAUUUGGCACCAGAAUUUUAUACGCGCAGACAGAUCACAUUCAAGUUAGACAUUUAUAG